AUGGUCAAAAUCAACUUUAAGGACUUCAAAAAACAAGUUCUGAGCCUGGAAUUCGAACCAACGGUCACAAUCGGUGCCGUGAAGCAGAAACUAGCCGAAAACAAGGACUGUGACGAAUCACAGAUAAAACUCAUCUACUCGGGCAAGAUCCUACAAGAUGACCGCCGCAUCGAAGAGUACAAGCUGAAAGAAGGUGAUCAGGUCAUCUUCAUGGUUUCCAAGAAGAAAUCCACCACCACAAAAACCACGUCACCACCCAUAGAACACAGACAGGCAGUCACCAGCGUUCCACAAGCAACUGGAUCUGAAUCCACACCUUCUGCUGAACAAAACACACCAAGUGCAGAGAAUAUCGGCGUAGGAGAAACUACGAACCGUAGUGAUACCGGGUUUGUGACUGGUUCUCAACGAGACGAGACUGUUCAGAGGAUCAUGGAGAUGGGAUACGACCGCGAUCAAGUGGAAAGAGCACUCAGAGCUGCUUUCAACAACCCAGAUAGAGCUGUUGAAUAUCUAUUGAUGGGUAUCCCCGAAAAUCUACAGCAGCAACAACAACAACAACCACAAGAUUCAUCUCAGCAGCAGGCUGAACCGCUAAGUCAGUCUGGCGCACCAUCACAACAAGCACCAGAAGGGUCUCAGGUGUCUCACCAAGAAACCACGGCACCCGAGUCUGGAAACCCACAGGACCACCCAAUGGCUGCAGACGACCUGUUUGCUCAAGCGGCUGCCACCGCCGGCGGCCCUGAAAGCUCUGAAAGUGGACGUGCCCCAGGAACUAUCGGACUCACCAUGGAAGACCUUCUAUCUCUCAGACAAGUCGUAACAGGAAACCCAGAAGCUCUUGCACCUCUACUGGAAAGCUUGAGCACAAGAUAUCCAGAGCUACGCGAACAGAUCAUGAGCAACCCUGAGAUGUUCAUCAGUAUGCUUUUAGAAGCCGUGGGUGGCUCUCUACAAGAAGGCGACAUGAACCUGGAAGGUGCACUUGAAGGUGGCAUUGCUGGCGAAGGAGGAGAGGAGGGACAGGCUCCACCUACGAUCGAGCUAACUCCUCAGGACGAGGCCGCUAUUUCGAGACUAUGCGAAUUGGGCUUUGAAAGAUCUCUAGCUGUUCAAGUCUACUUUGCAUGCGACAAAAACGAAGAGAUUGCCGCCAACAUGCUUUUUAGCGAGUAUGCGGAUUGA